AUGCAACUCUCGAUAUUCAUACUGAUAUCAAUGUUGUCGAUUCUUGUUGAUGGCUGUGCUCCGGAUUUGAGAACGACACGGGAGCCAAGAACAACCCGGAAACAUACUACAAGAGGAACCACUCAACCACCAGCUCAAUUUGCCACUCGAGGAACGGCGAAUCUUGAAAUCAUUCCCACCGUCAUUUUCUCGUACCCCGGAACGGUGGGCAGUCUGCAGAAAUGGGGAAAACAUCAUCGGAUAAAGAGACAAGUGACAGACACGACUACGACAACUACAACAACGAUCGAUCCAAUAACUGAAACCACCGAUUCGUCAACAACUUCUCGGCCCGUUGAACCAGUCACUGGACAGCCUGAUAACCAGCAGGAGGCGCUCGCCGAAAUCACGGAUGCCUUGAAAGCGAAUCUUACUAAUGCCUUAUUAAAACACAAACUCGACGCGAAUGUGAAGAGUGUCGGAUUCACGUUUACCCCCGAUCUACCAAUAGCCGCUACACAAGGAGACUUUUGUGAUACGGCGAAAACGAAGAUCUGGAAUCUCACGAGUGAGUACAUUUUCUGCGGUUCGGAUCCGUUUUUUGCUGGAGGCAACAUCGUGCUCGAUUUGGAUGCGAGCAUUGAUAAGCUGAAGUUCGAGGAUGUUUUCAGAGAGAUGCUCUUCGAUCUUGAUGGAAAACUUUUUGACAUCUUUGAGACUCCAACUUUUCAAUUCGCU